AUGACAAAUAGAACAAAACUUAUAAUUGCAAACAUUCUUGUAUUCAUCUCGUUUGUGUUUCUCUUGCUGGUCAACUUGGGUACAACGGUUAUUCAAUCAAUUUUUAUAAUGAAAUAUGAAAUUAAUAAUAUAACGGUACAAUUGGGGCUAUACGGUUCUUGCGUGGGCUCGAAUUUCACUAAUCCUCUUCAUCCCGAAAGUUUAUUGGAAUGUGCAAAGGGUGGUAUGAUUAAUGGGAUUGGAACUUCCGGUACUAAAUUUUUGGCAGCUAUGCAUCCUAUGGGCGAUAUUCUCAUUUUUAAGGAUGGAGAUAGUGCGGCAAGUUUAAUUGGUGAAGUGACUGACAUAACUAAUAGUAAUCAAAAAUUUGGAGCGGGAUUCGGUCUUGCAAUCGGAGCUUUGCCUAAAUUCAUAGUAAUUUAG